AUGGCGGCAGAAAAUGUUGAGAUGCAACAGACUCAACAUGUGCCGGCCUCCUCCGCCCCGAUUGGGAACGUGCCAAUCAAUCACGGGGAAAAGCCAGAAAAAUUCACAGGAGUGAAUUUCAAGCGGUGGCAGCAGAAGAUGUUCUUCUACUUAACCACGCUAGGUCUGGCACGUAUCUUGACCGAGGAGAUUCCCAAGGUUGUUAAGGGUGUAGAUGAGGUGAACACCCUCCUUCUUAUCGACAAAUGGAACGAGUCUGAGUUCCUCUGUCGAAACUACAUCCUUAACAAUCUUACCGACUCACUCUAUCUUGUGUAUUGUGAGAUAAAAACGGCAAAGGAACUGUGGGAAUCUCUGGACAAGAAAUAUAAAUCGGAGGAUGCUGGGGCCAAAAAGUUUAUUGUUGGUCGUUUCCUGGACUAUAAGAUGAGUGACUCGAAGUCUGUAAUCAGUCAAGUCCAGGAGCUUCAAGCUACUAUAAAAGCCAAUGUUAUUGAGCACGGACCAAGCUCAAAACGGAAGCAUCCAAAAUCUUCCACGACGCAACCCAAAGGACAAAACAUGAAAAAGAAGUUCUUAGGGAAAUGUUACAAUUGUGAUCGUAUGGGUCACAAGGCUUCAGACUGUAAAAGGCCAAAGAAGAAAAAGCCUGAGACCAACCUGGCAGGAGAACAGGAUAUGGAUCUCUGCGCCGUGAUCUCUGAGGGCCCGAAGGACAUCAACCCAUUGCUCGUAAAAUCAGUCAGGACAUGGUAUGUCUGCGUAAGGCAACUUGUUGGCCAGUAUGCAAGUCAAAGCCAAGGUUGCCAGUUUGCUUGCACACCACGUGGCAAGCUUGUUUGCACGCCACGUGGCAGGCCACGUGUCAAGUUUGCAAGAGCUUGCAAGCCACUUAGCCAACAGCAAGCCACGUAA